GUCAGGAUCACAGUGAAGUGGCGGCAGCUUCGGACACGCUCGUCCAUCGACUUGGACCCUGGCCACAGCAGCGGCAGCUACGAACUCCGACUUGCCGAGAAGUUCGCAGAUGUGAGGUUUUGGCUUCAGGACAUGGAUGCAGAGGAGUACGUGACCAUCGACUUGGACCACGUGCUUGGAAGGGCCUAUCAGAUGAGGGAAGGCUGCCCCAUCUUCGUGGAACCAGAUCACGACCUCAAAGAGGGCACCUGCACGCUUCACAUCAAGAGUGCCCUGACCAUCUACAACGACACGGCGCUGCCUCUCCGAAUCAUGCUCGGGCCCCCAGCCUUCCAUCGAUGGAGGCAUCAGGUGGGUGAUCUCUUGCGGUCUGGUACCCGUGGUCUCGUCAGCUUCUCGCAGACCUUGCAGCCGCCUCCCGACGAGAAGGACGUCGAUGACAGCGCAGAGGUUGCGGUUAUCAUCUGCUUGGCCCAGGGCUGGCGCAAGAAGUGCCGGAGGUGCCAGAAGCUGGUGGGCGAAGUUAAGCACGCCACACGGCUACCCUCAGCCAGAAAGUCGCCAAGUUUUACGAUUUCAAAGCCGGACAAGUUUUAUGCACUCUGCCAUGCGUGCAUUCGCAGAGUGCACAAGAUUUCCGAGGAUGUUACCGACAAGGCCGAAAUGCAGAAGGCCUGA